AUGGGUUCGACAAUUUUCAAAAAUCCACCACCUACAACAAAAGUUACCAUUCUCUCGUUUCCAGCGCCUCACAUAGUCCUCAUAACUAUCAACCGUCCUGAUGUCCUUAAUGCGCUUGAUAUUCCCGCACAUUUUGAACUUGACGAGGUUUUCAACUGGUAUCAUUCGGAACCGGAGUUAUGGGCUGCCAUCAUCACGGGGGCUGGUGAAAAGGCUUUUUGCGCGGGCCUAGAUUUAAAGAGCGUCGUUGGGAAAAACAUACCUCAAUACACCGAUUUUCCGCAAAGUGGUUUUGGCGGCCUGAGCCGCCGGACAAAGGGCUUAAAACCCGUUAUUGCCGCUGUUCGUGGCUUUGCAAUCGGUGGUGGAAUGGAGAUGGUUUUGGCGUGUGAUAUUGUUGUCGCGUCUGAGAAUUCAGUUUUUGGGCUACCGGAGGUGAAACGCGGCUUGGCGGCACUGACUGGAUACCAGAGGGCUUGCGAGCUUGCCAUGACUGGACGGCAUAUCUCCGCGAAAGAAUGCAAAGAAUUGGGUGUUGUGAAUGAAGUUGUCCAGGAUUCGAAACUGGUUAUUCCAACUGCCCUGAAAUAUGCCACACGAAUUGUUUCAAACUCACCAGACGCAGUACAGAUUUCUAAGCUAGCAAUCUUACUAUCACUCGAAUCUGCAUCAUUGACAGAAGCCAAUCGAAAGAAUUCUACUUCCAAGGAAACGAAAGCGUGGAUGAAUGGGGAAAAUGUUAAAGAGGGACUGCGCGCUUUCGUUGAAAAGAGGUCACCAAAAUGGAAAAACUCAAAGCUAUGA